AUGGAUAGUGACGAAGAGAAGCUUGGAUAUCUCUGGUUCCUUGGCAUCUGCGAGGAGUCGUUCAAGAUCAUUGUCUCAUGGAAGAAAAUCUUCACUCAAAUCACACUAGCUUUUAUCCUCCCUCUCUCCAUCAUCUUCUUCGUUCAAUUCCAAGUUUCUGAGAACCCGAAAGCAAGAAUUCAAUUUGAAAAAUACAGACUUCAUCACAGGGGAGACAAUGAACGCAUGGAUGAAUAUCUAUCAUCCCAGCGAAUAGAAUUUUGGCUUAUCAAAAUAGCGUACUUAGUCUUCCUCCUGGUGCUUUCCCUUCUAUCUACUUCUGCAGUCACAUACACUGUGGCCUGCAAUUACACGGGAAAGUCCAUCACCUUCAAAAAUAUCAUGUCCAUGGUCCCGAAGUUGUGGAAGCCACUCACCAUCACGUUCAUAUGGAGUUUCUUGUUCCACUUGGCCUACAGCUUAUGCAUGCUGGGGACUUUCUUUCUGAGCAUUGUCUGGCAGCUGGCAAGCGUGGUCUCUGUCCUGGAGGAGGAGAACUAUGGGAUCAAGGCAAUGGUCAAGAGCGUAAGUCUUAUUGAGGGCAAGCGACAAGUCACAAGCUUCAUCUUCCUGCUGCUGGUCUUGUUCUAUUAUGGGAUCAUGAUAGUGUACCAGUUGUUUGUGGUGUAUUUAUGGAACUUAGGAAUCGUGGUAGGCAUCGGCACCCUCUGCCUCGUCCUGCAAAUGCUCCUGUUCCUGUCCAGCCUUGUGAUCCAAACAGUGAUCUACUUCGUCUGCAAGUCAUAUCACUGCGAGAACAUUGACAUGCUGGCCUUGGCCAACCAUCUGGAAGCUUUACUUAGUCUGAACCUCAGAGGGAAGCCACCAACGAUGUCCAGCUAG